AUGUCACAGAAUCCUACUCAUCAGGUCCAGGUAGCCAUGAACAAUAACGGCCCUGACCUGGCCGCGCAGCAGGCUCUGAAUCAAGCGUGGGUAGAGAAGCAAAGGAGAAUAAAGUUGGUGAACAGGAUCACAGCGAGAAUGGGUGCCGAGAGGGGUGAGCAAUAUCUGCAGUACGACAUGAACGGCAACGUCCGUCCUUAUCGUUACGGUUUCCCGAUCCCACCCCCUUCCGACCCAAGGAUCCAUGGACCCAGUGUGAGGUACGCUUCCCGUUACUUCGACUCGACCCAUCUAGAUGAGGCCCAAGCCAAGUACGGGGGUCAAAAGCAUCCCAAGGGUUACAAUAUCCGUCUAAAACGUAUUUUGGGAGCAGGGGGCUACGGAUUCGCAGCUCACAUCGUACACAAGGACCCCAGAACGGGCUUCAAUACUGACUGCGUGAUCAAGAUUGAAAAGUCUCGUCACCACAACAAGUCGGCGCUGAAACGAGAGGAGAAGGCUCUCUGGAAAUUCGUAGGCGCACAACAUAUCCUGCAGAUAUCGGACAUCACUCGAGAAAUCCAAGCAAAAAGGGCUGCUGACUUGACUGCGCACCAGAAUAGCCACCCCCCUCCCCCAGCUGGGGCCAAGUUGCCCGACCCAGAGAUCCAAGACAAGAAUUGGACUCUCAGGGACUUUGAGAAACAACCCAUUCGCAACUUUGUCAUUCUCGAGAACGCCAAUCUCGGUGACCUAGGCUUGUGGAUCAGCAAGUCUAGCCGUCUUGGAAAGCGUUGGCCUCAGAGAGCCAUCUGGAUGCUCUUCCAAAGUCUCGCCCUCGGUCUGGUUGGUAUGGGUUACCCUCUGAGGGAACAUUACGAAGCUUCGCACCCAGAUUGGGAGUAUCAGAAGCCAAUUGACGAGGAAUUCCCCGAUGACCCAAAAGUCGAACUCCAGGAAACCGUACACUUCGAUCUUGACCCCAGAAAUGUUCUUUUGGCGAAUAGAUCCAUGUUUCACGGCAACUUCCCGGCCUUCAAGAUUGCCGACUUCGGAUUGACCGAGUUUUUCAGCGAGUAUGAGAAUGACCCCGAACACUUCAAUAAGGAGUUUUUCUUGCACUGUCGUUGCAGAGGAAAGCCCGUUUACUACGCACCCGAACAAUUUACCAGAGAGUGGGAGCAGGUGAAUGACAUCAUCGACGACGAUGGCAUCAACCACUUUGUGGCUGACGAUGGAACGAAGCCGCCAGUUGCUGGCAAUUACGGGAUGCAUACAAACAUCUUCCAGGUGGGCAUCAUUAUCUGGUGCGCCAUUACUCUCUGCUCAUUCCAACAGGCUGCCAUUCGUGUCCAUUACAAAGACGCUUGGGGACGAGACAUCACCACCUACGGAGGCGCCCUGCAGAGUGCACAGUUCAACGACAUUGAUCCUGCACUCAAAGACCUGGUACAGAGAUGCAUGGCCCAUAACCCCUCUGAUCGCCCAAAUCUGAGAGAGCUGGUUGCCACGAUCAACAAUCGUCUCGCCAGGAAUGACCUGGAGUCGGAAGAUGCUCUGGCCGCGUGGUCCCGGGACUUCUUCACAACCCCCCGUGUUCCCGGUGACGAACCCCCUCGGGUCAAGCGUGAACGCGAGGACGAAGGGGAUGACGCGCAGGGCGAUGCUGGAAGGGGCGCAUCCCGGCGUGCCGUCGACGAUGGCAAUGGCCACCCCGUUGCACUGGAAGUUCAGAGGGUGCAAGCCAGGCAACAGGGAGUCGCUGAUGAGCCGCUGCUCCUCGACGUCUUCCAGCCUCCGGUACAGCCUCAGCCUGUACAGGGAAAUAAUCUUCUCGGGCAAUCAUCUAACAACGGCCCCGUCGUCGCCCCUGGCUAUCCAGCCCUAUCUCCAAUGCCCAUGAUCAGGGAGGAACCUGCAGCGGCCGCACCUGUAUUCGUCGGCCUCAACAACCAGUACAACCAACCUGCCGCCGUCAACCCGCCCGGCGGCUUCGACGCGAGAGCUCAGGGGGCACCGCAGGCGCAGUGGCAACCGCAGAUGCCAGUCAUGCAGCAGCCCAACAAUAUGAACAACAACUACAUGUUCAACUAUGCCGCGCCGAAUCCCAUGGUACAAAAUCCCGAUUUGGGAGCUCAAGCAGGUCUAGCGGCGUACCGUCAGGCCCAGGCAAUUCGGGGCGCGGGACAGAUUCCGUGGAACGCGUAUGCCCCGCCAGGUGAGCCCUUUCUUCAUCAGCCAGUGCCAAAUGUUCAACCCCCUCCGCCUGAAGCUAUACAGCAUCAGUUCGCGCCGCCUGAUGAUCCUAACCCAUACGCCCAAGUCUGGCGAUUCAACUCUGUCCACCAAGGGCCUGCCGACCCUGAACCAUAUGCUCAAGUUGGGCGACUGGGUCUCACGCGGCAAGAGCAGCAGGCGCGGCAAGAGUGGCAGCAACAGUGGCGACAGCGGCAGCAACAGCAAGAGCGACAGUGGCAGCUAGAGGAACAUCAACGGCAGCAGAGACAACAGCAGAAUCAGUACAUGCAGGACCCUGGCCCUUCUAGGCAGCCUCAAAUGCAGAUGCAGGCUCUUCUCCAGGAUGCUCAGCAACACGAUAUCGGAGGUAACGAGAUGGAUAUCUUUGAAGAGUUUAUCAAUGACCCCGAUGCCAUGGAGCAGUGA